UCCUGUUGACGUUAACGGAGCGCAUUAGCUGUCAGGUACCAUUCUAACUGACUACCGCAGCGAGAGGCGUUGUAUCCCCAGCAUGGCGUCCGACGAGCUGGCUAAGAAGCUGCAGUCGCGGCUCGUUGCUUCAGAGGAGACCGAACCGAGGCCCGAAUCCGAGCAGAGCCCGGUACGAGCCCCAACGCACGAGCCCGAUGACGCCAGCGGCGACCUGCCUUCCGAGUCCGAGCUGGCCGCUAAACUGAACCGCAGGCUGGACAUCAAUGAUGGGACCUCCGCUCCUCGGAUGAGCCGCGUCUUUAACCCGUACACCGAGUUCAAGGAGUUCUCCCGCAAGACAAUCAAAGACUUGGAGGCGAUGUUCAAACGGUAUGAUACAGGAAGAGAUGGCUUCAUUGACCUGAUGGAGCUGAAGCUAAUGAUGGAGAAGCUUGGAGCUCCGCAGACCCACCUGGGCCUGAAGAACAUGAUCAAAGAGGUGGAUGAGGACUUUGAUGGCAAACUGAGCUUCAGAGAGUUCCUGCUCAUCUUCCGUAGAGCAGCGGCUGGAGAGCUUCAGGAGGAAAGUGGACUGAUGGCUCUGGCCAGGCUGUCUGAGAUCAAUGUCUCGGCUGAAGGAGUGAUGGGGGCCAAGGACUUCUUUGAAGCCAAGGUGCAGGCGCUGUCUCAGAGCUGCAAGUUUGAGGCUGAGAUUCGGGAGGAAAAAGAAGAACGCAAGAGGCAGGAGGUGGAGAAGAAGGAGCGGCAAGCUGCCUUCAAGCAGCUGCAGUCAAACUUCCACUCAUGACCACUCCAUCCUCACAAAUCUGAGAUGUAAACAUUUAGCCUCACCUUCCACUCACACAGCACUCAGAGCGAGCUGCUGUCUAACAAAAUAAAACACAUGUAUUCUCUAAAUUCAUUGGAGCGGGAGCAAAACCAUGACUUAUCUCCAGGAAUCGUCUCCGUGCGUCGGUCUUCAUCCCGAGACGAUCUGAAAUCAUUUGUUUAGUGAAUCCGUCGUGCUCUCUCUGUCUGGUCACGAUCUGUGCCAUGGAUGUUCUGUGUUCUAAACGUGUUCAUGUUUUACUGUGAGGUUCUUUAACUUAGCAUAAACAUCAGUGAUGUUGCUGUGGUUCUGUCUGCUCUGACUUUAGCUUCCACCGGCGUUCCUGUUUCCUUCCGCGUGUUCCGCUCUGAAAACCAACACGUACCGUUUCACACGCCGUACAGGUGUUUUUGACUAAGGGCCACACAUUUAAAGGAGAUGAUCUGUUCUUUAUUUAGUUUUGAUGUGAUUAAACGAGACGGUUGAUCUAAAUUUCACAUCUCAGUACAGAAGAUCUUAGUGUUAGGGUUAUACAAACCCUAAUGUUAGCUCGUAGUUAGGAACAUAGAACAGAUAAACGGGUAAAAUCAUUAGUGUAGGAUCUCCCCUGGAGCAGGUUAGACCCAAUCCACCUUUCUUUACUUUACUACUGCUUAUCGCUCCAUUUUAUGCAUCUAAACGCUGUCACUGUAGGCCCAGUGGAGCCUGUUCUACCUUUAUUCUCACUGUUUCUCGCUCUUCUUGCAGCUUGUAAAUCAGAAUAUGAAUGGCUGUGUGUGAGCAGGGAUGACUAACGGUUGGCCCAGCGUCAGACGAGAAGGUGUUUGUAGGUUUGAAUCAGGAAAGCUGGACUAGCCUAGAACGUGUCCUGUUCUGAACAUCAAGGCUUGUGGCUCGACUCAUUCUGUUGCUUGAUUCUUGCAGAGAAAUGAUUGUUUCUUAUAACAUAUCCUUAACUUGCUCCUGUUCUCUGCCUAAGUCCUUGUCAGCAGCACAGUAAAUAAUUACAAAUACACAGUAUUGUAUAAAUAACGAAGGAGCUUGUUCCUCUUAUGGUGUUGGCCUGAGAGCAUUUUACCUCGACUGUUGACGAGCCAUCCUGUAAAUCUGAGUAAACGUCACUUUUUAGAGCCUGUAAAAUGACUGAGAUGAGUUUAUUUUCCUUGUGAAAUGGCAGAAUGUGUCCUGAAAUCCUGCGUGGAGAGCCCGUGUCUGCUUUAGACCAAUCAUUGUGUGACUGUGAGCAGGCCCGGGAUCAGAUGAUGGUCCUGCGGCGUUAUUGUUGAAGGGUCCAUGUCACUAAACCAUCCUUAUGGCUCAGAUUUUCGUCAUGCUGGGUUUAAGAAGCUGGUUGGUGUUGAGAGGUCUCAGAUCUUUCUUAUUUCAGACAGGAGCGACCACAAAUCACAGACUUCCUAUUGUUUUUGUAGACUUGAUGGAGCGGGCUUUUCCGGAGGCGAAAUAAAAAACCACCCAGAGGCAGUUUUCACUGUCUGAAUAGUGCAAAUCGGCCGUUUGAUAGCUAAGCCCCCGUUCCAUCUCCAUGAAGACCUGCUACCCUCUGUGACUUGUUGAACAUGGCUUGCAUCAUGAUGCUCAUGCGCCAUUAAAAGAAAAUGUAUUUUUCUGUUAUUUCCUGCAUCCUUGAGUUGCUCUUAUUUGUUCUUGCCAAACUCGACUCCAGCAGCCAGUUCCCACGCCGUUCCUCCAUCACACACCAGUGAUCACGCCAUUCCUCCAUCACACACCAGUGAUCACGCCAUUCCUCCAUCACACACCAGUGAUCACGCCAUUCCUCGAGCCCGAGACGGGAUUCUCCCGUCAGCAUCGUGAUUCUGCUGUGCUCUUAGUGCUCUUGUUCUGCUGUUUCCUGCUUCCCUGAGAUAUCCUCCACCCUCAAAGUCUUUAAACAUCAGCAUCAUUUUCCCUCCAAGACCCCACCACGUGUGUGUUCGAUCACACCUUGGCCUCAAACACGACUGCCAGUCUGCGUCACGAUGCUGCUUUGGUCACUGUACCGGCCAAUCAUGGAGCUGUGACUGUCUAUAUAUGAGCAGUACCGAACCACAGGCCUUUCCCCGGUGAGACUCAGAAUUCAGCUAGAAGAUCUGCCAUGCAAGGGGGGGGGGGGGGGGGGGGGGGGGCUGGAGACUAUAAUUCUGUAAUCUAGUGCUAAUAAACUAUAAUUGGAUAUUAUCUGGGCUCAUGAGAAUCCACAAAGACUUAGUUCCAAGUUGAAUAAAACAUCUCCUCGAUAAGAAAUCGUAGCAUUUCACCGGCGGACGUCCCGAGCCUCAACAAAUGCCAACCAAAACUUUGCUGACUGUCCAAAAUAACAUUCCAUUUUUCUGAUGUGCUCGUCAUCUCUCUGUAUUAAAAACCACAUCUCAUGAGCUGACUCGUAUCCAUGACUACUGCUGACUGAACACUGAACCGUUGCACUGAAAAGCCAGAUGUUUGCAGGUCUCAGCAGGUUUUUGGACCUUCCUGAAAAGAUGUUUAUAGUCCUUCAUAGAGCAGACACUUGGACUUGUCACAUGACCGUAUGGGUUGGAGCAAUAAUACUGCUGAUGGCCGACUUCCCUUUAACGACAGCAAACAAGCAUGGCGAGCUGCAUGACCUCACCCUUUUGGAAUGUGGCCAUUGGUACAUUUGUGUAUUUUUUUUACUGAUCUGUCACUAUCCCAGCUAAAAGGGAUCUAUUUAAGUACAACAAACACGAGUCUGAAGCAUGUAACAAGUGCUGUACUGUACCUGUAGCAAUGUUUAGAGAUGAUACACGUGUCAUAUAACGAACUGCUCCAUGUUUAGAGUGAUGGACAAAACUGUAUUUUUAUGAUGAACUAUGGUCUACAUAAUAGUUAGAUUUAUUGGGUAGUUAUUUGUUGCCAAAUCUAUAACGAGAAGUGAACUAUAUUUUUAGGCAGUUUCAACAGGCCGUGUGUUCCUCUGCUCCCUGUGAAACAGCAGCUUAUAACUUUAAUAAAAGUACUAAAAACA